UAGCAAAGUUAGGCCCCGGCCUACCUAGGCUAGAUCUAGUAGAUCUAGGGUCCCCAUUUUCUGUUUCGCAGUUUUGAAAACGAUCUUUAAUUAAUUAUGAUAAGAAGUCAAAAUUUGUACCUCAAGGACAAGACCUGGAAAUUCAAGCAGUGAGAUAAAGUAAAUCUAUCCAAAUCACUCAAUAUUAAAUUAGCUAUUUAGAAUCUAAAUCUAGAUUAUUUACUAGAUUUAGAUCUAUGUGAAACCUAGCGAGAGUAGAUCAAAUUCUAUUCUAAGACUAUGAUGACUAAGAGACUGACUAAGUAAAAAGUAAAGAGUUUAAUAGUAAAAAAGAAGCAUGUCAAGAGGUAAUGAUUUAUCAGGUUUUAUUCGAGGAUUGGAGUCAAUUGUUCGUGCUGUGGUAGACAACCAAGGAACAGAGAUCAAUCGGAUAUGGCAAAACUCCAGUGUAAGGGAGGCUGUCAAGGACCUGGGGCUCAGAGUUGAAAGUACUUAUGUAAAUAGAGAUCAUCUGAAGGAUUUCGUGAAUGAAAAAACAUCUCAGUUGAGUGAAGCUUUGAACACAGUAAAAAGUGAAACAGCCACCCUGGCCAAUACAAUAUGCAGACAGCCAUCCAGUCCAAACAGUCAUCCAGCUGCCAAUACAAUGGCAUCAGACAAAUCUUCUGCUUCAGGGCCAGUUGAAAACAAAAUGGCUACAGACACAACAGUCAAAUCUUCUGCUUCAGGGCCAGUUGAAAACAAAACGGCUACAGACACAACAGUCAAAUCUUCUGCUUCACAUUCAUUUAAAAUAGCUACCAGUGUCACACCGUCUGCCACACUUCAUGUUGAAGAAUCAGCACUGAAGAGAGAGCCCCCAGUAAACAACCAGGCACAGUUUGUUGGGUCAGGUUUCCCUGGGGGUGUAGCCCAGACAGCCAGCAUAUCCAUCAGUGAUACACUCUCUGAGACAGUCACCAAGAUCUCCUCAGUCGUUGUAGACAGCCUCAAGAAAACUUCAGGUAGUGAGCCAGCUAAGGUGAUUGUCAAGUCUGCAACUGACCAGAUUUUAUCAACUAUACCUAAACUUGGAGACAGUCUUGCCAAACCUAAAAUGUUUAAGCUGCCUCCACAACAAAAGUUGAGUGAACGUGCAAAGGAAAGGCGAGUUCCUGCAUCACGCAUUAGCCGUCUGAUGAGUUAUGGGGGACUGGCUGCUGGACUUGGGAUGGGAGCUAUUGCUGAGGUCACCAAACGCUCCCUGGGCAUGAAAGAUGAAACUGCCACUGGCAAGGGAGUUAUGGAUUCCAAUCCAUUCCUCACAGAGGCAAACGCAGAGAGAAUAGUCAACACAUUGUGCAGAGUCAGAGGGGCUGCUCUCAAACUGGGACAGAUGCUCAGCAUCCAAGAUAACUCUUUCAUCAAUCCUCAACUCCAGGCUAUUUUUGAACGUGUUAGGCAGAGUGCAGAUUUUAUGCCAACUUGGCAAAUGAAGAAAGCAUUAAAUAAAAAUUUAGGACCUAACUGGCAAGAAAAGUUUUUGGAAUUUGAUGACAAACCAUUUGCUGCAGCAUCCAUUGGUCAGGUACACAAGGGGAAACUACUUGAUGGUCGAGAUGUGGCCAUGAAAAUACAAUACCCUGGGAUAGCAGAGAGUAUUGAUUCUGACAUCAACAAUCUGAUGGCUGUCAUGACGGUCUGGAAAAUCCUGCCUGAAGGGCUUUAUGUGGACAGUGUUAUAGCUGCAGCCAAAAGAGAGCUGGCUUGGGAAGUGGAUUACAUUAGGGAAGCUGAAUGUUCUAGAAAAUUCAGAAAGUUGCUUAAAGAUGAUCCCUUCUUGUAUGUUCCUGAAAUCGUGAAUGAUUUGAGUGAUAAAUACGUGCUGACAUCAGAGUUUAUACAAGGAGUCCCUGUGGACCAGUGCGUUGACUUGGAGGAAGAGACUAGAAACAAGAUUGCUCAUGCCAUUUUAAAGCUCUGUUUGACCGAGUUAUUUGAGUGGAGAUUCAUGCAGACAGAUCCCAACUGGUCCAACUUCUUUUACAACCCUGAGACAGAUAAGCUUAUUCUUCUUGACUUUGGAGCCAGUCGAGACUUCAGCAAGAACUUUGUAGAUAAAUAUAUCCGUGUGAUCAAGGCGGCAGCUGAAGGGGACAGGCAUCAAGUGCUGGUCAGAUCCAGAGCUCUGGGCUUUCUCACAGGUUAUGAAACCAAGGUGAUGGAAGAAGCUCACUGUGAUGCUGUUGAAAUUCUCGGGGAAGCAUUUUCUGUGGAUGUCUUUGAUUUUGAUCGACAAAGUGUUACAGCUCGUAUACAGAAUUUGAUUCCAGUCAUGAUGAAGCAUCGCCUGACACCCCCGCCAGAGGAAACAUACAGCCUGCAUCGGAAGAUGUCAGGGGCUUUCCUCCUUUGUGCUAAACUACGUGCCAAAGUUGAUUGCCGUACCAUGUUUGAUGAUAUAUGGAACAACUACCAGUUUGGUGACACAGACGACUUAAAUCUUUAACUUUAGAUGUCUUAGAAUUUGUAGCAUUGAUACCACAAAGAACAUAGUGCCUGUAACUUAAUGUUAGAUUUGAUGUAAGCAUUGAUGUCUAAAUAAUAAAAAAGAAGAAAGUACCA